AGUAUCUGGACCGCAAGGAUUUCGUCAAAUGCAUGUUAUUCAACAAAGCAUGGCAUGAAUGGUCAGCACCGAUGGUCUGGGGAACACUCAUGCCAGGCGGCGACCCUCAUAGGAACCCACCCACCAAGGCCUUUGCACGCUACAGCCAUCUGACCAGAGUCUUAAUACUGCAGCCUGCCAUCCCUGACUUGAGCGACUAUUCUACACUCUAUUUCCUAAACCUUCAAAGACUGACCUUAACCCUUUCAGCCGAAAGCGUCAAGUCCAUGUGCACCCUGAUCUAUCGGCAUACGUAUUUAAAGGAACUAGACCUGACCCUCCCCUAUACAGGACUUGGCCGUCUACCCCUCGAUCCUUCGCCUCUGUGGAAAGCGAUCUGCAGUCUACCAAACCUAGAGACCCUUCAUCUCCACAAUAUCGAGGUUCGCUGCUUUAGUUUCGAAUUGCUCGAACUACGGAGGUUACGCCACCUGACUCUCCACUACUGGAAUUCGGACACGAUUGGGGAGCAGAUACUUUUCUUGUCUCGGUGUCCUUCCUUGGAGGUCCUGGAUUGGUACCCAACUCAAGUCUAUGGUGAAUUCCGCCACUAUGAAGAGCGCGAACGCCUCAAUGCUACCGACGCCGAAAACUUUGUCUGGAUGGUAGAACGCAGGACUUGGCCAAAGUUAGAGGGUUUGAUCAUCCGUGGGUACAGUUUAAAUCUCUCGGAUGAACAUAUUGCUCGUAUCUUGGUUGCCCUGCCACGAGUGACGAAUUUCGGCAUGCGCAACUCUGCGUUCGGUGAAUUGUCUUUUCAGAGACUUCGGGCUCACUUCCUCACCCUGAAGGAGCUUGAUCUCUAUAAUUGCCUGAAGGCAACAGAGGAAAUGCUGCUGGAGAUCGUGUCGUCGUGCUCUCGACUGUCCCGCAUAUGUCAAACAGACCUUUUCGAUAUUAUUAGCCAAUAUGGUAGCCAAAAUGACAGCUGGUAGUUGCGAGGGGGAUUGAAGAGCGAAUGGUUAAUGUAAUGACUAAAGAAGUUAUGCGCAGGACCAGAGGCGGAUUUAAAGAAUAGUGAUGGAAUACCUAUGCUUACCAUGGCUGUGGGAAUGUCUUUUGCAAUUGCCCUUGUCUGAGUUUGCGUAGGAAGGUCUCCACUGUGAUUGUGGUUCUGAUAGCCUGGUGCUGAUUCCGGCUGCUCAUGAUUAUACACAAAGACAUCCAUCGGAUGUUAGAAACGAUUAAGAUCGCAGCUCACGAAUGCACUAUAUGCUAGCACGAGUUCCUCCGCUAUCAAUGAUGUUCA